UUUAAAAUAUCGGAUUUUUACAAUAAUGAUGUGAAUUCUAACACUAGUACUAUCAGUUCCGAAAUACACACACUAAGUAGAUAUGCAAGUUGCUUGGAGUGUUUGAGAGUGUUUUUACCAAUACACAUAAUGUUAACUAAGAAAUUAAAAUGUUAACGACAAACAGAUGCAUAUCUAAAUACCCCUAUUAUACUUAGAUAAAUAUCUAAACUUAUUAGUAUUCUCCAAACGGUAUAAACAAUGCAGGUGUACACACUAGUAGAAAUCGAAUGAACUAUAAAUUGGGCACUAUUUUGGUAAAUACUUAUUCGACUUUCAACGCUUCAUGCACCACGUUUCCCGCCAAAAUACAUAUUUUAUUCAAUAUGGCGGUAAAAUUUACGCUUACGUUAGGUUUAUUAACCUUUUUUUAUUCAUUGUUGGUGAUCGACUGUUCUUUUUUAAAACCUAAUAAUUUACCUAGGGUUGGCAGGAGUAAUGAGGCCGAUGGUCCAUAUGUUCAGGAUGCGUCCGGAUAUGUCAUCAAAACAAACAAGAACAUACCUAGAAUGGGAAGAAGGAACUACGACUCGGGGAAUCAUUACGAUAUACCAAAAAUUUAUUCCUUGCCAACGGAAGCAUUUGGACAGUAUGGAGAUGAAGUGCCAGUGAGGUAUAACGAGGAACAGUUAAAUCCAUACAGCUAUCCAUUAGAAAAUAUGAAAUAAUUAUAGGUAUUUGUACCUUCAUAAAAUCAGAAAUAAUAUAAAUUAUACGACCCUGGCCAUCUUCAAUGAGUAAAUUGUUUAAGCUAGUCAUUUCAUUAUUUAAGAUAAUAUAUUACGUUUUAUUACUCAUUUCGUGAAUUUCAUUUAUUCCAACUUCCGAAUGUCGGGGAAUUCUUUUUACCUAUUCUGUCGGUAAAAUAUGGGGCUUGAAUAUGUAAGU